AGAAAUUGUUUAGGUCUACGGUUUCGUUGUUGACGUUUCGAAGAGAUCGGAAGUAUGUGAAACGAUAAGAAUGAUGAGGAAAGUUGGAAUACCGGAAAUUACCAUUCUGAUUAACAAUACUGCCAUAUUAUAUCAUCGUUCACUUCUCAACCAUAAUUCGGAUGAUAUUGAACGAACGUUUAAUGUCAACGUUUUAUCGCAUUUUUGGACGAUUGAAACAAUACUUCCGUCAAUGUUACAACGAGGUAGAGGUCACAUCGUAGCUAUAAGCAGUAUGUGCGGAAUAUACGGAGUUUCGCAGAAAGUUCCUUACUGUGCUUCAAAAUUCGCAGUUAGAGGUUUAAUGGAAGCCCUGCAUGAAGAAGUGAGAAUGAAUCCUAGAAAACUUGACAUACAUUUUACAACGAUUUAUCCAUUUUAUGUUGACACAGGAUUAGCAAAGGAUCCUAAAUAUAGAUUUUCUUACAUUUUUGGAGUCGUUUCAUCGGAGUACGCAGCUCGUGAAAUUAUUAAAGCGAUUAGAAAAAAUUACACGGAAUAUUCCAUACCACGAUGUCUUCUUUCCCUGAAUUCCAUAAACAGGAUUAUUCCUGAGUCAGCAAUGCGAUUGAUUCUUGAUUUCCUCGCAGACGUCGAUCAAAAGCGAGUUGAAGGAACUUUGAACCAUGUCGAAAAUUAAUUUCUCUUGAUUAUCCCCGAACGGAGCUAAUUGCGUAAUCGA